AUGAAAGAAUUGCGCAAUCUUAAAAAUAACUGCUCUACUGGUCCCGACGCAAUCUCUGUUCGUUUUUUGAAACAAGUUGCCGAGUUUAUAUGCUCCCCAUUAACACAGAUUCUUAACGAAUUCAUACACUUCAAUGAAUUUCCAUUACACAAAAAGAUUGUAUUGAAACAACUUAUAGAAUUCAUCGAAUCAACCAACAUCUACAAGGAUACUGUUGAUGGAUUUCGUAAAGGCUGCAGCACAAGUACAGCACUUAUGGAAUUGAAAGACGAUAUUAAAAAAGCUAUGAAAGCCAAUGAAGUCACAUUAAUGGUCUUGAUAGACUUCUCGAAAGCUUUUGAUACUAUCCGUCAUAACAAACUUAUCAAGAAAAUGGCUUCACAAGACAACAGUUUGUGCAAAUUGAUAGCAAUAAUUCAAAUCAAUUACCAUCAUUAUUCGGAGUACCGCAAGGUAUUGAACCUUGGCCCCAUAUUAUUCAAUUUAUACGUCAACGAUUUGCAGGACGCUUUUGAUGCUUCCACUAUUCAAUACGCAGAUGAUACAACGAUUUAUAGAUCAUGUAAACCUGCAAAUAUUGUGAAUACAGAAAUUUCCAUUAACGAUACACUAAAUGAGCUUGACAAAUGGGCCGAAGAAAAUUUUCUUGCGGCUAAUGCAGCAAAAACUAAAUUCGUGUUGAUUUCGACCAAACACUUGUCCAAUUCUUAA